AUGAGUAAAAAGAGAAAAUUUUCCAGUUUUUCUGACAUAAAAAACACAGUUUUCUUUGAAAUCACCAUCGGGAUCACAGCCAACACUGUCCUGCUUCUGUUCCACAUCCUCACAUUUCUCCUCAGGCACAGGCCCAAGCCCCUGGACCUCACUAUUGGUCAGUUGGCCCUGAUCCACCUGGUGAUGCUGGUAUCAAUGGCCUUCAUAGCCACAGACACUUUUGGGUUUCAGGACUGGAGCGAUGACCUCACAUGUAAAUCAGUUAUUUACAUAAACAGGUUGAUGAGGGCCCUCUCCAUCUGUACCACCUGCUUGCUGAGUGUCCUCCAGGCCAUCACCCUCAGCCCCAGAAAAUCUUGCUUGGCAAAAUUCAAACAUAAAUCCUCACAUUACUACCCUUGUUGCCUUGUGUUUUUAUGGGCCUUCAAUAUUCUCCUGAAUACUCGUUUCUUAAUCUCCAUUGGUGCCACCCCCAAUGUGACCUCACACAGUCUCCUGUUUGUCACUGAAUCCUGCUCUCAGUGGCCUAUUAGUUACUUGUUCAGGUAUGUAUUUCUCUCACUGGUGAAUGUUCAGGAUAUCUCCUUUAUAGGGCUGAUGGCUCUCUCAAGUGGAUACAUGGUGAGUCUCUUGUGCAAGCAUAAGAGGCAGUUUCAGCAUCUUCACAGCACCAGCCUUUCUCCAAAAUCAGCCCCAGAAGAAAGGGCCACUCGGACCAUUUUGCUGCUUAUGGGUUUCUUUAUGCUCAUGUACUUUUUGGACUGUGUCACCUUUUCCUCCUCUGGAAUAUUGUGGAGAAAUGAACCAAUUAGCUAUUGUGUCCGUAUGCUUGUGGGCAAUGGCUAUGCCACAAUCUGUCCUUUUGUGCUAAUGAGCAUUGAAAAGCGAAUCAUGAAGUGGUUAAAAUUCAGGUGUUAA